AUGACGGCUUUAAAAGCACGCCACUGCUUCAGACUGACUGAUUGUUUGUACUGCAUUAGAAUCUCGAAUCAUCUGAAAAUGCUUAAUGAAUCUUUGGCGUUCGGCCCCUACGUGAGCCUGGACACCUUCGCCAUUCCGCACGGAGGCAGGUACCCCAUCUUUUUUCUUGGACUCUUCAUUUAUCUGUUUUGCGUCUUUUGCAACGUGACGUUGCUGAGCUUGAUCAUCCUGCGGCGAAACCUCCACAAGCCCAUGUACUUCAUCCUCUUCAGCCUCCCCCUCAACGACCUGAUGGGCAUCACCGCCAUGCUCCCGAAGGUCCUGUCGGACAUCGUCACCGAGACCAACCAGAUCUCCUACAAUCUGUGCGUGUUCCAAGCUUUUCUCCUGCACUUGUACGGCGGCGGGAUUCUCUUCAUCCUGGCGGCCAUGUCUUUGGAUCGCUACAUCGCCAUCUGCAUGCCUUUACGCUACAGCGCCAUCAUGACCCCCAAAACGGUCGUAUGCGUCGUCGCGCUCACGUGGGGUCUGGACUUCAUCCUCAUCGCCGCGCUCUUCUCGCUUCAAACCAGACUCCCUCGCUGCAAAUCCGUUAUCAAAAACGUCUUCUGCGAUAAUCCAUCGCUUGUGAAGCUACGGUGCGGAAACGCCACCGUCAACAACGUCAUCGGUCUCUUCGCCACGACGCUCAUGCAAGCGAUAAGCGUGUCGAUUCAGGCUUUUUCAUACGUGAAGAUUCUGAUCACUUGCUUGGUUACGAGGAGAUCCGAUGCCAAGAAGAAGGCCAUCAACACGUGCGUGGCGCAGCUGGUGAUUAUUAUCAUAUUCGAGGUUGUGGGCACUUUUACUAUUUUGUCUCAUCGAUUCCAAAACGUGUCGAGUGAUCUGCAAAAGAUUAUGGGCGUGUUGAUAUUUCUCAUAUCGCCGUUUUUGAACCCGUUGGUGUACGGGCUGUACACCAGCGAGAUACGACAAACGAUGCUCAGGGUCUUACAAAAUAGACCCUCUUUCUAAAAAAAACAGGUUUCACUUUUGGGGCUGAGAGCCCUGCUCUUGUUAGAAUCAUCAUAG